UUCCGGACUGUGCGGUCCACAUGCAGGAAGUGAGUUUUCAUCGACUGCUGCAGUCUCCCAGGGUCCGUGGAGAUCAGGAACUCCAGCUGUGGGGAACGGACACUUUAUUACACAUCACACGUUCUGUAUUCUCUCUGAUUCACCGAGGAUGGACAAGGACAGGAGUCACAGGACUGAGAGGAUAAUAAAUAUCACCCUGGAGAUCAUCUACCUGCUGACUGGGGAGGAUUACACAAUAGUGAAGAAGACAUCCAAUGGGUGUGAGACACCCAUCAGCCAUCCCCGUGUAUCAGGAGGACUGAGAAGAACCCAGAGCCCAAUCACGGUGCCUCCACCUCACUCACUGACACAUGAGAGACACAAUGACAAGAAGAUCCUGGAACUCACCAACAAGAUCAUUCAGCUGCUGAAUGGAGAGGGGACUGCUGGGAAUGGGGCAUUAUACAGUAACACCAGGGAGGGGGAGUAUAUAGAGGAACACAGGGGUCUGUACAAGGACGUGAUGAUGGAGAAUCACCGGCCCCUCACAUCACUGGAUGGGCCCAGUAACAGAGAUACCCCAGAGAGAUGUCCCCGUCCUCUGUAUUCCCAGGAUUGUACAGAGGAGAAUCACAGGAUCCCACAGGAGGAUCAGGUAGAACGUCUUUCUCGUAUAAAGGCAGAAGAUAUAAGGAGAGAAGAAGAGACACAUGUGACUGAUCUAAAGGCAGAAGAUAUAGAUGGAGAAGAAGAGACGUAUGUGACUGAUAUGAAGGCAAAAGAUACAGCGGAAGAAGAAAAGAUGUAUGUGACUGAUAUGAAGGCAGAAGAUAUAGAGGAAGAAGACGAGACGUAUGUGAUUGAUAUAAAGGCAGAAGAUAUAGAGGGAGAAGAAAAUACGUAUGCGACUGAUAUGAUGACAGAAGAUACAGAGGGAGAAGAAGAGACGUAUGUGAGGGGUGAUCAGCAGUGUAAGGAGGAGGAGAUCCCUACAGAUAUCAGCACAGGAGAUGGACACACAAGCAGGAAUAUCUCAGAAGGACAUCUAAUGUUAUCCCUGGAUUCUGAAAUAACAGAUGACAGUAGACAGGAUUCUCCAGGAGAUAACCCCAUUACCCCAAUUAUACAUCCAGCUCUAUCAGCUGAUCCCCCUGAUCCUGGGGAAUGUUCUCCUGAUCACUCUGAUAUUGGUGCAUCUGUUAUAGCUCUGAGAGUAGAUUCAGUGUUUCCCUGUUCUGUAGAUGCCAAAUGUUUUACACAAAACACAAACCUUAUUACUCAUCAGCCAGCUAAGGCAGGUGACAGGCCAUUCCCAUGUUCUGAGUGUGGGAAAUGUUUUACAUCUAAAUCAUAUCUUGUUAGACAUGAGAGAAGUCACACAGGUGAGAAGCCGUAUUCCUGUUCUGAGUGUGGGAAAUGUUUUACAUAUAAAUCAGAUCUUGUUAUACAUCAGAGAAGUCACACAGGUGAGAAGCCAUAUUCCUGUUCUGAGUGUGGGAAAUGUUUUGCAUGUAAAUCAGUUCUUGUUAGUCAUCAGAGAAGUCACACAGGUGAGAAGCCAUAUUCCUGUUCUGAGUGUAGGAAAUGUUUUGCACGGAAACCAGCUCUUGUUAUACAUCAGAGAAGUCACACAGGUGAGAAGCCAUAUUCCUGUUCUGAGUGUGGGAAAUGUUUUGCACACAAAUCACAUUUUGUUAUACAUCAGAGAAGUCACACAGGUGAGAUGCCGUAUUCCUGUUCUGAGUGUGGGAAAUGUUAUUCAUCGAAACCAGAUCUUGUUAUACAUCAGAGAAGUCACACAGGUGAGAAGCCAUAUUCCUGUUCUGAGUGUGGGAAAUGUUUUGCAUGGAAAUCACAUCUUGUUAUACAUCAGAGAAGUCACACAGGUGAGAAGCCGUAUUCCUGUUCUGAGUGUGGGAAAUGUUUUGCACACAAAUCACAUUUAGUUAUACAUCAGCGAAGUCACACAGGUGAGAAGCCAUAUUCCUGUUCUGAGUGUGGGAAAUGUUUUUCAUCGACAUCACAUCUUGUUAUACAUCAGAGAAAUCACACAGGUGAGAUGCCAUUUUCCUGUUCUGAGUGUGGGAAAUGUUUUGCACGCAAAUCACAUUUUGUUAUACAUCAGAGAAGUCACACCGGUGAGAAGCCGUGUUCCUGUUCUGAGUGUGGGAAAUGUUUUUCAUCGACAUCACAUCUUGUUAGACAUCAGAGGAGUCACACAGGUGAGAAGCCAUUUUCCUGUUCUGAUUGUGGGAAAUGUUUUUCAUCGACAUCACAUCUUGUUAGACAUCAGAGAAGUCACACAGGUGAGAUGCCAUAUUCCUGUUCUGAGUGUGGGAAAUGUUUUGCACGGAAAUCAGUUCUUGUUAAACAUCAGAGAUAUCACACAGGUGAGAAACCAUUUCCAUGUUCUGAGUGUGGGAAAUGUUUUGCACGGAAAUCAAAUCUUGUUAAACAUCAGAGUAGUCACACAGGUGAGAGGCCAUUUUCUUGCUCUGAGUGCGAGAAAUGUUUUACACGGAAAUCAAAUCUUGUUAAACAUAAGAGUAGUCAUACAGGUGAGAGACCAUUUCCAUGUUCUGAGUGUGGGCAAUGUUUUGCACAGAAAUCACAUCUUGUUACACAUCAGAGAAGCCACACAGGUGAGAAGCCUUUUCCAUGUUCUGAGUGUGGAAAAUGUUUUGCACAGAAAUCCAAUCUUGUUACACAUCAGAGAAGUCACACAGGUGAGAAGCCAUUUUCUUGCUCUGAGUGUGGGAAAUGUUUUGGACGCAAAUCAGAUCUUGUUACACAUCAGAGAAGUCACACAGAUAAGAAUCCAUUUCCAUGUUCUGAGUGUGGGGAAUGUUUUGCACACAAAUCAGAUCUUGUUAUACAUCAGAGAAGUCACAGAGGUGAGAAUCCAUAUCUAUGUUCUGAGUGUGGGAAAUGUUUUGCACACAAAUCACAUCUUGUUACACAUCAGAGAAGUCACACAGGUGAGAAGCCAUUUUAUUGCUCUGAGUGUGGGAAAUGUUUUACCCAGAAAUCAUGUCUUGUUAUACAUCAGAGAAGUCACACAGGUGAGAAGCCAUUUCCAUGUUCUGAGUGUGGGAAAUGUUUUGCACACAAAUCAGAUCUUGUUAUUCAUCACAGAAGUCACACAGGUGAGAAGCCAUUUUCUUGCUCUGAGUGCGGGAAAUGUUUUGCACAGAAAUCACAUCUUGUUACACAUCAGAGAAGUCACACAGGUGAGAAGCCAUUUUAUUGCUCUGAGUGUGGGAAAUGUUUUACCCAGAAAUCAAGUCUUGUUACACAUCAGAGAAGUCACACAGGUGAGAAGCCAUUUUAUUGCUCUGUGUGUGGGAAAUGUUUUACCCAGAAAUCAAGUCUUAUUAUACAUCAGAGAAGUCACACGGGUGAGAAGCCAUUUCCAUACUCUGAGAAAUAAAUCAGCUCUUGUUGCACACAACAGACAUCACUUAGGUGAGGAACCAUUUUAAUCUUCUGGAGUAUACUCAUCAUUGCCAUGCGUUUUUCUUCAAGGUUCUUAUCCUAUCUUCUAUGCUUUUUGCAGUAUACAUGCUACCACUGGGUGAAAUAUUCAGAUGUCAUGCCCUCAUCUACCACUGCUAUGCAGAUGACCUGUCUUUUGCUCCAGGUACCCAGUACCAAUCCUAAAUGGUUGUCUAGCUGAGCUCCAGGUGUUGGUGAUGCCAGUUGGCUGUGACUCAGUCCUGGGGAAACAGGUCUUUAUGAUAGAAGCUCACCACCAAAGGGCAGGGCUACAGCUCAGCUUUGCAAAGCAACCAGACUUACGCUUGGGGAUUCAGAGUUACAAAAUGCUGAUCAUGUGCGGAAUCUUGGUAUCCUGGAUGUUGGAGUGACACUUAGAUAUCAGGUAUCUGCCACAAUCAGAUUGUCAUCUGAGGAACAUAGCCAGACUCCACCACUUAUUUCCCUCAGAAGAUCUACCUACAGUCAUACAUACACUUGUAUAAUCACGCAUAGACUACUUCAAUGUCCUCUAACUGGGUCUCCCAGCAAAAGAAUUGCACCGCUUGUAGCUUGUACAGAAUGCAGCAGCCAGGCUGUUACCUAACCAGCCCGUUCCUGCCACAUAACACCCAUUCUCUACUCCCUUCACCGGCUGCCAGUAAGAUGGGGACUAUUAAUCUUACUGACUCUCCCAGCCCUACAUGACCGGGGUCCAAGGUACCAGAAGCAGCGUCUUCCUCCUUACUGCCCAGCUUGCUUCCAUCUGCAGAUGGACUGUUACCAGCAGUUCCAAGAAUCCUCAAGAAGUUCUGAGAUGUCAGAGUGGAGACAUGUUGGAUGGCACUAUUGCUGUGGUGGGGACUGCCGGAGGCACUAUCUGUGGCUAGUAUCCCCAAGCGGUGCUGAGGUGUCAGAGGGGAGAGACAGGGUGGGUGGCACUAGUGCUGUAAUUGGGUUGCCAGAUGCACUAUGGGUAAUUUAUUUUUCAUCCACUUGGGGUCACUGGAGUACUCGAGAUAUGAACGGAGAGUUAGCAGGAACAGGCACAUUUAAAUUAGUAACCUUCCUUCCCCUCCAUACUCCCAAAGGUACCUCACGUGGGGAGUUCUCCACAGUUUUUCUA